AUGACCCGCCAUCUCAAAGAGCAGCAGAUACGGCACGUGGCAUCAAAGUGGUUCAAGAGGCUGCGAAAAGAGACGGCAGAUCCUGCUGUUGCGCAAAACAUGUCCGAUCCCGCUCAAGUCCUCUCCCGUAAAUACGGCAAAUGCGGUGAUGUACUCGGAUGGGGUGCCUUUGGUACAGUCCGUGUUUCCUACAAAAUCGACGAGAAGAAUCCGAGUAGCAAGCAAGCCUUUGCAGUAAAAGAGCAUAAGCAGCUCGAAGGAGAAUCGGAUGAAAGGUACCACAGGCGCGUAAUUUCAGAAGUCAACAUCUCAUCUUCGCUGCAUCACCAAAACAUUCUUGCUACUUUGGAUCUUCUGCAGGACGACAAGGGCGUGGAAUGCCAGAUUAUGGAGUACUUUCCUGGGGAGGAAUUGCACUCAGUUAUCCUGCAUGCCGGUGAACUAGAAGAAACAGAAUCUGAUUGCUUCUUUAAGCAGUUGAUACAAGGAAUAGUGUAUAUGCACGAGAUGGGCGUGGCGCAUCGCGACCUCAAGCCCGAAAACGUCCUUCUUACUACAAGUGGAUUAGUCAAGAUCAUCGACUUUGGGAAUGCCGAAUGUUUCCGUGCAGCCUGGGAGACAGAAGCACGCAUGAGUUCUGGAAUCUGUGGCUCUUUGCCGUAUAUCGCUCCAGAAGAAUUUACACUCAAGGAAUUCGACCCCCGCCCCCUAGAUGUAUGGGCUUGCGGUAUGAUCUACAUGGCCAUGCGAACUGGCGAGAAUCCGUGGCGCGCUGCACGGCCGGAUGAGGAUGAAAAAUAUAAGGAAUACGUCGAAAAACGCAAGACGGAAGCUGGCUACGAGCCUAUUGAAUGUCUGAGACGUCGCCAAUGCCGGAAUGUCGUUUACUCUAUCCUCGAACCUAGUCCCAUGCGCCGUUUGACAGCUCACCAAGUUCGAUCGUCUGAAUGGGUUAAGCAGAUUCCGCUUUGCUGUCCAGACACGACAAACGACUAA